UUAUCUCGCUCACCAUUUUGUUUGCAACGUGAAAAACUAGGAGAAAAACGCUGCCACUCAGUUUAUCUAAUUCAAAAACGGUGUAAAGUAACUACAGACGCUUAAAAACUCCGCAAAUACAGUGUUUAUCGGCCAAGAAGAUGGACAACAUAGAGCGACUGUACAAAUGCUACGAGAUUCUGUCCGAGGCGGGCGAAAAAAUAUCCGAACAUGUGGAUGAAUAUACGGAGAUACUUAAGGCCGUGAAAGGCACGUCGAAGGAGAAGCGCCUGGCAUCGCAGUUCAUUGGAAACUUCUUCAAACACUUUCCAGAUCUGGCCGACACAGCCAUCGACGCGCAGUUUGACUUGUGCGAGGAUGACGACACACAGAUCCGCCGCCAGGCCAUCAAAGAUCUGCCGAAACUGUGUCAGGGAAACGCAGAUGCCACCAUCCGAGUGGGAGAUACUCUGGCCCAGCUGUUAAUCCUGGACGAUCCCACGGAACUGCAGCAGGUCAAUAACUCUCUCCUGGCCAUCAUAAAACUGGACACCAAGAGCUCCAUCACCGGAUUGUUUCAACAAAUCGCCACCGGGGAUGAAACGACAAGGGAGCGCUGCCUCAAGUUCAUUGCCACCAAGCUGCUGACCAUGGGCCCCACAGUUAUUACCAAGGAAAUCGAGGACUUCAUCGUAGAGGAGAUCAAAAAGGCUCUGCAGGAUGUUACCGCAGAUGAGUUCCAUCUGUGCAUGACAAUUCUGGGAGCCACAAAACUGGGAAACACUAUUACAGGACACGCUGAGCUCGUCAAGCUGGCCACGGAGCAGGCGGAGCUUAAUAACACAGACACGGAUAUCAUUGCUGUAGACGAUGAGGUGGUGGAGCGAUUUAUUCAGUGUGCCACGGCUGCGGCGCCUUACUUUUCGAAAACCAUAAAAUCCACGGCCUUUGUAGCUCACGUUUGCGAUAAACUGUUGCCCAUCAAGACCUGGAACAUGAUCGCCACCGCAGUGUCGCAAGAUCAAAUUCAACUUAGAUUACUAAAGGUAUUCGCCGAGAUGAUAACCAACACAGACAAGCUGGACAAUGCCAGCGAACGCAUAAAUGCAGUCUAUCAUGUAUUACUGGAAUACAUGCCUUUGCCGAAGCUGAGCGACGAGGAUCUGGGAGAUACCCCGCCCUCGUUUCAGUUCUCGCACGCCGAGUGCUUACUGUACGCAUUGCACACACUGGGAAAGAAUCAUCCAAAUAGUUUAAGUUUCGUCGAGGAUGCGGAAAAGCUAAAAGACUUUCGAGCUAGAUUGCAAUAUUUAGCAAGGGGAACACAGGGUUAUAUUAAGAAGCUGGAGGAGGCGCUCAAGGGCAAGACCGGAGAGGAGCUUAAAACGGAGGAGAAUCAACUGAAGCAAACGGCACUAAAGACGACAUCAAACAUCAACGUAUUGAUCCGGGAUCUAUUUCAUUCGCCGCCCAUAUUCAAGCAUGAUAUUGUGCUCUCCUGGAUUGUACCAAAAAAUAACAAGCUUGGAAAGCGACAUGCACCCAUCACUUUUGGGGAAAAAGCCGCUGCAAACGGGAAGGAAAAGGAUCAGGAGCCGGAGAAAAAGGCGCGAGCAUCCAAUGAUCAGAAGUUCUACUCGCCGCCAUCCGGAAAAUACUCAAACAAGGUGAACCAGAACUACGGAAACAACAAUCGCACGAGACAACGCGGUGGUGGUGGUGGCGGAGGCAAUGGCGGCGGUGGAGGCUACAGAAACAGGCGAUUCAACAAAUACUAAGUAAAGAAUAUAGAAGCAGAAAAGCAGCAAAGAACUCUUCACUUGAAUGGUUUGUCCCUAGUCCGUAGACAUACAAAAAAUUACCAGAUAUUGGAUUCGUGCAGAAUAAACAAAACUGAAACGAUGCUGCAACCAAGCAAUUGAGCAUUUUAAAGGAAAUAAAAGAAUAUACUUUGCCCAGAAAAUGGUGAGUAUUGCAUGCAAUUUUCAAUUAACUUUCUCCCUUUUGUCUCCUUUCAGCGAAACUUAUUCUUACGAAAAGUAAAUACUGCAUUUUUACAUCCAUUUUUCUCACACACUCACGCAUUGCUUUGAUUUUUUUCGUGAAAAAUUGUUUUUGCUAAAAUAAGUGUGAAAUUUUCCAAAUCACCCCACGCCUUUUUUUUCAUGCAUUUCCCAAAAAAGGCGCUGGCAUUGUUUUGAAUUUAUAUCACACUCCGGUUUCUACUUUCAAUUCUGUCAAACGCAUAAAUAUAAGAUUAUAAAGAUAACCAGUUAUUCAACAUCGCAAUAUCUAUAUAUAAAACAUAGUUUCAAGUCGGCGGAAAAACGAGUUGACCGAUUUGAAGAAAAUGAUUUUCAAUCGACAUAUUGUUCUGAGAAUCGACAUUUGUUUUAAACCUAUUAGUUUUUAUUUAACAUGUAAUCAAAUUAACAAUUGUACCACUUAGAGAUGCAACUCAGCAAGAAGCCACAUAGAAAGCAUACAUUUCUUGAAUUCAAUAAAAGCAACAUUAAAUUACAUGCA